AAGCGAGGAGGCUGGGGGGGAGGGGAUGUCGAAGGAGGAGGAGACAAAAGCCGAAAGGGCCUGGACCGCACUCACCGCAGUGCACUGGGCCACCCGGUCAGCAGGCAGCAUGGGGAAGACGGGGAACCAGGGCGAGGGGGCCACCGAGCUUGAGGCGCCGAUGCCUACCUUCUGCUGGGAGGAGAUUCAGAAGCACAACCUGCACACCGAUAAGUGGCUGGUCAUCGAUCGCAAGGUCUACAACAUCACCAAAUGGUCCCGCCGGCACUCGGGAAGCCAGAGAGUCAUCGGGCACUACGCCGGGGAAGAUGCUAUGGACGCCUUCCUGGCCUUCCACCGCAACCUUGAUUUUGUGUGCAGGUUCAUGAAGCCCCUGUUGAUUGGCGAGCUGGCCACUGAGGAGCCAAGCCAGGACCGCGGCAAGAAUUUCCAGAUCACCGAGGACUUCUGGGCCCUGAGGAAGACCGCUGAGGACAUGAACCUGUUCAAGAGUAACCAGUUCUUCCUUCUCCACCUGGCCCACAUUAUCUCCAUGGAGAGCAUCGGCUGGUUCACUGUCUUCUACUUUGGCAACAGCUGGAUUCCAACCAUCAUUACGGCCUUCCUCCUUGCUACCUCUCAGGCCCAGGCUGGAUGGCUGCAACACGAUUACGGCCACCUCUCUGUUUACAAGAAGUCCAUGUGGAACCAUAUCGUACACAAGUUCAUCAUCGGUCACUUAAAGGGUGCCUCUGCCAACUGGUGGAAACAUCGCCACUUCAGCACCAUGCCAAACGUGUUCCACAAGGAUCCGGAUGUGAACAUGCUGCAUGUGUUUGUCCUGGGCGAGUGGCAUCCCAUUGGGUACAACAAGAAGACGCUGAAAUACCUGCCUUAA